ACUUAAAAGUAAUGCAUACGUUGGAGUAAAGUUCAAGUCAUAACGGUGCCACCAUUGCUUUUAUAAAAUCGAAGACUGAAAUACAAACUAUUUGCUCUAGGAUAAGCCACUAAGCAUUGAUUCUGAACCCAAUCUUGCUGCCCCUCUAUUUUCAAAAUUUUUUUCUACCAAAUGGGAUUUCAUAGUUUCUUCUUAUCUGCAAUUUUGAUGCCAUGCAUCAGUUUUGUGAUUAGUAGUACUCACCAAUCCCAAAACUUUACAAAGAGUUCCAAUGAUUUGAAGGCUUUGACUGGAUUUUCUAGCUGCUUAGACUCGGCUAUUCUAGAUUGGAACAUCUCCACCUCACCUGAUUAUUGCACUUGGUCUGGUGUCACAUGUGGUGCCUUACCAAGUGUAGGCACAAGGGUGGUUCAAUUGGAACUUGGAAGCACAGGACUUGGUGGAAAAAUCUGUGAAUACUUAGCAGGUUUGGAUCAACUAAGAGUCUUGAACCUUUCCCAUAAUUUCUUUAGUGGCUUUCUUCCAGACAAUUUAUUUCAUCUACAAAACUUGGAGGUCAUAGACUUGAGCAAUAAUUAUUUUAAUGGCUCUAUAAAUACUGCUAUGUGUACCUCUUUCACUCGGGUUCAAAUACUUAAACUGUCUAAUAACUUCUUUUCUGGUAAGAUUCCAGGAAAUUUAGGUAAUUGUUACUCUUUGCAGCAUCUGUCUAUUAAUGGAAAUGAUUUGUCAGGAAGCCUUCCAGAGAGUAUCUUUCAGCUGCAAAAAUUGAGUGAACUAUACAUGCAGGAUAAUAAGCUGUCUGGGCCAUUGAGUAAAAGAGUUGGUAACCUUUUAAACUUAGUGGAAUUAGACAUCUCCAAUAACCAAUUUUAUGGAACUCUUCCUAAUGUCUUUGGGAGCCUCACAAGGCUUAAGGUUUUCUCUGCUGAUUCAAAUAGAUUAACUGGCCAGUUACCUGCAUCACUUGUGAAUUCCCCUUCUCUUCAAAUGCUUAAUAUGAACAACAACUCUUUGGGUGGUUCAAUUAAUUUGAAUUGUUCUACAAUGAAAAAUCUAACCGUCAUUGCUCUUGGUUCUAAUCAAUUCCACUGUCCAAUCCCCAGUAGUCUAACAAACUGCUUAAGAUUAGAAGCAAUUGAUCUUUCUCGAAACCAAUUCAAUUGUGGGAGUCCUUUUAAUUUCAAGAAUCUUCAGUCCCUAACCCAACUCUUUCUUUCAAAUGCAAACCUGCAUAAUUUGUCAGCAACACUAGAGGUUUUGAGUCAAUGUAGGAACAUAAGUACGCUAGUCCUUACAAACAACUUCCAUAGCGAAGACAUGCCACAAAUUCAAAAUCUUGAAUUCAAAAGUGUCAAAUUUCUCUCCCUGGCCAGCAGUAAAAUAAAAGGUUCAAUUCCUGAGUGGUUAAGUGGAUGCAAGAUGCUACAGAUGCUGGAUCUGUCAUGGAAUCAUCUCAGUGGAAGCAUUCCCUCAUGGAUUGGCAAAUUUAACAACCUCUAUUACUUGGACCUAUCAAAUAACUCUUUCACUGGGAACAUACCACAGAGCUUGACCUGGAUCUUGUGCCUCCAGCACAAGAAUUCUUCAUUACAAGGAACUCUUUCUGCCUUUCCUUUGUACACCAUUGGAACUGGUACUCUAAAGAAGAUAAAGUACCAAAAGGUUUCAAGUUUCCGACCAUCUUUAUUACUCAGUUACAACAAACUUGAAGGACAAAUAUGGCCAAGUUUUGGUAACCUUAAAGGCCUACAUGUUAUGGACCUGAAACACAAUAGCCUCUCAGGGUCAAUUCCUUCCCAAUUAUCGGGCAUGGCAAUGUUGGAGAUUUUGGAUUUGUCUCACAAUAAGCUCUCAGGAGAAAUACCAGAAUCAUUAAUUGAACUUAGUUUCUUGUCUGCAUUUGAUGUGUCUUAUAAUCAGUUGCAUGGGGAAAUCCCAACAAAGGGACAGUUUGAUACCUUUCCAUCUACAAGCUUUGAAGGAAACAAGGGUCUCCUAUACCAUCAUGGCACUGCAGGAGUUAAGCCUUCUCUACCAGAUGAGAUUCAUUCUCAGCCUCAUCACCAGAAACUACAGAUCAUUGGUUUUCCAUUUUGGUUCGGUGCAAUUGCUGGUUUUGUUAUAAUCAUUGCCAUGUCUUUUGCCAGUGGAUGGAUGUUCAUAGGCCAGGAGUAAUACAAAAUCUUUCUUUUACCCACCUUUUUUUAACAUUUUUUAUAUUUAUUAUCUAAAAUUUAUUAAAUAUAAAAAUAUCAGUGGACUCAUUAAUUAAAUUUAAAUUUUUUUUACAUA